AUGAAGAAACUAACUACUUCAACAACCAUUGGUAAGAAGAGGAAGCAGCUAUUCGAAAACAAAGAGAAUGAUAGUUUUCAAUCAUAUGAGAGAAAUGAUGGUAUUACUAACUAUAGUAAUACAGAUUGCAAUCCGUCAUCUAGCUACUUUCAUGGUGUUUUUCAAGGAUCAUUGAUUUCUCCAUUUAGCGUUAUAACUCAUAGUGGUAAGACUGUUGUCUUUGGGGGUGACUUUAGACAAAUCUUGCCUGUAAUACCUAAAGGUACUAGACAAGACAUUGUAGGAGCUACUAUAAAUUCUUCUUAUCUUUGGGAUAAAUGUAAAGUUCUUAGAUUAACAAAGAAUCUAAGAUUGAAUAUGAUGGAGCCUGGUGUUGAUCUACAACAAGUUGAAGAUUUUGCAAAAUGGAUUGCAUCCAUCGGAGAUGGAACAAUGGGUGGACCGAAUGAUGGUUAUGCAGAUGCUAACAUCCCACCGGAAAUGUUGUUGCCCUCUACAGGUGACCACAUAGCCACAAUUGUAGAUAGUACAUUUCCUAUGUUAAAAAAUGGUGGAUGCGAUCAUAAGUAUCUAGAAAGUCGCGCAAUAUUGGCCCCAACUCUUGAUGUGGUUAACUCCAUCAACGAGUAUAUGAGUCAUUUGCAUGUAGCUGAGAGUAAGACAUACUUCAGUUGCGACACAGUUUGUAAGUCUGACUCAAGUGACGGUAUCCUUGCAGAUGUGCAUACUCCAGAGUUUCUAAAUGGGUUGCGAGCAUCUGGUAUCCCCAACCAUGCUCUAACUCUUAAGGUGGGUUCUCCUGUAAUGUUAUUGCGAAAUAUCGAUCACUCGAUGGGGUUAUGCAAUGGUACUAGGUUGGUCAUUACCAAAUUAGCGGAGCAUGUUGUAGAAGCAAAGAUAGUUUCUGGUAACAAUUGCGGGACUAGGGUGUUGAUACCAAGGAUGUCGAUGACUCCGACUGAUAUAAGAUUGCCUUUCAAAUUUCAAAGAAGGCAAUUUCCGCUUAUGCUGUCAUAUGCAAUGACCAUUAAUAAAAGCCAAGGACAGACGCUAUCUCAUGUUGGUCUGCUGCUGAAGAAACCUGUUUUUGUACAUGGUCAAUUGUAUGUUGCUGCUUCAAGAGUUAGCAACCCGAAUGGUUUAAAGAUCUUGAUUGGCAACGAAGGUGCUACGAGUUGCACUUCAACUACAAAUGUUGUUUAUCAUGAAGUGUUCAAUAAUUUGUAA